GGCUCAUCGGACUACUACGAAAGUCAUAGCCCCAGAAGAAAUAGAAAUGGACAAGUCGAAGAUCGGUAAGAGAUUUCAGGGUAAGGUCGCCAUUGUUACUGCUUCUACUCAGGGCAUCGGUUUCGCUAUAGCCCAAAGGCUUGGCCUCGAGGGUGCGUCUGUUGUCAUCUCAUCUCGUAAACAGAAAAAUGUAGAUGACGCUGCUGAGAAGCUCAGAGCUCAAGGAAUUGAAGUAUUGGCUCUUGUUUGUCAUGUCUCAAAUUCACAACAAAGGAAGAAUUUGAUAGACAAAACCGUACAGAAAUAUGGAAAGAUAGAUGUUAUUGUGUCCAAUGCUGCUACAAAUCCCUCUGUUGAUAACUUACUGCAAACCCCGGACUCCAUCCUUGACAAACAGUGGGAAGUAAAUGUCAAAGCCUCUAUAAUUCUUCUGAAGGAUGCAGUUCCUUACUUGCAGAAGGGUUCUUCUGUUGUUCUUAUUUCCUCUAUAGCUGGUUUUAACCCGCCAGCUGCAAUGGCUAUGUAUGGAGUGACCAAAACGGCCCUUUUUGGACUUACUAAAGCUCUGGCAGCUGAGAUGGCCCCAAGUACUCGUGUUAAUUGUGUUGCUCCUGGUUUUGUGCCAACUCAUUUUGCUUCCUUCCUUACCAAUAAUGAAGCUGUGAGGAACGAACUUGAAGGGAAGACAUUGUUGAAAAGGCUUGGGACAAUCGAAGACAUGGCAGCCGCCACCGCCUUCUUGGCGUCAGAUGAUGCAGCUUAUAUAACAGGAGAAACUCUGGUGGUUGCCGGAGGAUCUCCCUCCAGGCUUUAGCUUCAAUUUGUUGUCACGAUGUGCUUCUGUGGUUGGGUUAGUACAAGACUGGUCUCAUGCCCUUUUUGUUAAAUAAUGAAAUUAUAGCUGCAAAAAAGAAAUAAUGAUGAAUAUUUUCAUUUACUUUUAGUUAUGCACAUUCUGUUGGAAUAAUAACUAUAGGUGGGGUAUGAAGUGGUAUAGACACUUUAGUUCGUGAUAUGGAA